UUCCCGGAUGGUUCCUCUCUUUGCUUGUUGAUGAGCCCCUCCAUCUUGUGGCAUGACUACAUGAGCCGCCAGCAGCUGAUAGCUUAGGCUUAGCUUCACAAGGAAGCUGUCACAAGUUAGCUAAGGCAAUCCCAGUUCCCAGAAGUUUUGGUGUGCAACAUAGCAAAGGAGCAAAGGAAUCGAAGGUUCUAUUUGGGAGGCGGCACUAUCAAAGGCUAGCUUCCGAUCCCUGAGCUCUGUUGAUUAGUUGGCAACGAAGCAUCACAAGCAACCAGAUCCCAAGUGCUCAUCACUGGCCAUCAAGAUCUAGGCUCAAGCCUGCACUGUGCAACACAGAUUCGGAUGUCUGGUCUGUAGAGGAGAAAAGGAAGAUCAUAUUUGGAGAUUGAACAAGCAACGGCAGCACAUCCCUUAGCUCCAGUUUGGAACAGAGGGAGUACAUUAUUUGCAAAGAAGCACUUCAAUAACGUGAAGAUCAAAAGGCAGGAUGUGUACUUGAGCCCCUGUUUACCAAGGAAAUCUCUGGGACGGGAGAAUCUUUAAGAAAAAUGACAGGUGUAGAAGCUGCUGCCAUUUCUGCUGUAGUAUCCGGAACCUUGAAGAUUGUGGUCAACAAAUUAGCUCCACUGCUAAUCAAAGAGUACAGCUCUAUAGUGGGUGUUAAGGAAGAUCUCCAGGAGCUCCAUGAUCUUGUUGCGGAGAUCAACUUUUGGCUGGAAACAACAACAGACAAUUCUGUUGGAAGUAAACAAUCAUUUUCUUGGCUCAAAAAGUUGAAAGAUAUUUCUUAUGAUGUUGAUGAUGUUGUUGAUGAGUUCCAGCUAAAGGCUGAAAAACAUGACUCCAAUAGUGAUGGUGGCAUUGUGUCCAAUUAUCUUUGCACAAUACCAAAAUCAUUUGUAUUUCAAUGCAAGGCAGCCAACAAGAUCAAGGCAAUUAAGAAGAGAUUUGCUGCAAUUGUGAAGCAAAGAACUGAAUACAUUGCAAUAAAGAAUAGUUUAUCAGUGGAUCCUCCAGUUCGACAUACAAACAUGAAAACAAAGGAGGUGCUAUCAUUGUCCAACGUUGAUGAGGAAUUAGUAGUUGGAAGAGAUAAAGAUAAGCAGAAGAUAAUAUCCAUGCUUGAAGCGAAUGAUGAUCUACAGAAAAUUAAGAUAGUUUCUGUCAUUGGGCUUGGCGGAUCAGGGAAGACUACCUUGGCUAAACUGGUUUUCAAUGAUGGUAACAUUAUAGAGAAACAUUUUGAAGUUAGACUAUGGGUUCAUGUGUCACAAGAAUUUGAUGUCAAAGAUCUCAUCAAAAAAGUGUUUGAAGCUUUUUCUGAAAAUAAUCCAGGACCACAUGCCUUGCCUUAUAUGACCAAAACAAUCUCAGACAAGUUGAAUGGAAAAAAGUUUCUUCUUGUAUUGGAUGAUGUUUGGACUAACUCACGAGAUGAGUGGGAAGAAUUCAUGGUAUAUAUAAAGGUGGGUGCACCUCAAAGCAGGAUUUUACUUACUACUCGAAAUACAGAAGUUGCGGUAAUAGUGGGAUCCACCGACCAAUUUCACUUGCCAUUCUUAUCUCCAGAUGACAGCUGGCAACUAUUCCAACAAAGUUUGGUAACACCUGCUACAGGUUGGAAUUUUGAAUUUGAAGAGGUUGGGAAGGCGAUUGUGGACAAAUGUGGUGGGGUGCCUCUAGCAAUUAAAGUUCUUGCAGGUUCUCUCCAUGGCAAGGAUCUGAUAGAGGAGUGGCAGGCCAUGAGAGACAAAAACUUAUCAAAUUUUAAUGGUAGAGAAGAUAGAGUGGCUGCAUGCUUAAGGUUAAGCUAUUUCCAUCUGCCAUCUAAUCUCAAACAGUGCUUUACAAUAUGUUCAGUGUUUCCCAAAGGUCAUAAGAUUGAUAAACAACAACUGAUUGACCUAUGGAUUGCUCAUGAUAUGAUCAUUCUAGAGAAUGGUAUUGGCUACUUGGAUGUUGGACACAAGCACUUUAAUUCUCUUGUGCAAGCGUCAUUCCUACAAAAUGUCAAAGAACAAGAUGGGAGAGUGACAUGUUGGAUGCAUGAUUUGGUUCAUGAUCUUGCCUUGUCCAUCUUGGGUGAUGAAAUUUCGCUUGACAUGCCAAAUGAGGCAAGCAGCAGUACCACAAAGAGCUAUAGAUAUUUUUCUUUGAUUAAACAGACAGAACAUAUGGCACCUAAAAUUUUUUUUAGAAAAGCACGUGCUGUAUAUAUGCCUAAGUAUGAAGAUUACAUAUAUGCCAUGGCACUGAAGCAUGCAAAGCACUUGCGUAGUGUUACGGUGGGAUAUCUCAAUGCAGAAGGAGCUAACACCAUGUCUCAAGUUAAAUAUCUCAAAUAUCUUGCCGUUUCAGAACUAGAUUGUGAAACACUUCCUGAGACUAUGUCAGAUGUUUGGAGCCUGCAAGCACUUCUUGUAGAACUCAGCUUUUCACUUGUCGAGAUACCAAAAUCAAUUUGUAAGAUGAGAAUGUUAAGAACAAUAAAGUUAUCGAGAUGUAUGAAUCUAAAGUGUUUGCCAGAUUCUAUUGGUGAUUGUCAUAUGAUUUCAAGUAUUGAUCUUUACUAUUGCAUUCAGCUUACAGUGUUGCCAGACUCAAUUGGUAAGUUGCAGAUGUUAAGAACAUUGAACCUGUCAUGGUGUAGAGAGCUGAAAUGCUUGCCAGAUUCUAUUGGUGAUUGCCAUAUGAUUUCAAGUAUUGAUCUUUGCGCUUGCAUUCAGCUUAUGAUGUUGCCAGACUCAAUUGGUAAGUUGCAGAUGUUAAGAACAUUGAACCUGUCAGGGUGUAGAGAGCUGAAAUGCUUGCCAGAUUCCAUCUGCAGAAACAAAAUGCUAAGAUUGUUGAGACUAGGUUUCACCAACGUUCAGAGGCUACCAUCAAGUAUGACAAAACUGGAAAAUCUGGAGUGUUUGGACCUUCAUAAAUGUAGUUGGCUAGUAGAGCUACCUGAAGGCAUCGGCAACUUGGAUAAGCUUCAAGUUUUGAACCUAAAAGGUUGUACAAAAUUGGGAGGAAUGCCUGUAGGUAUUGGACAGCUCAGUCGACUUCAAAAGUUGGGCUUAUUUUGUAUUGGUAAGGGAGAAAAGUUUGCUCGAAUAUCUGAGCUUGCAAAUGUAUCUAGGUUGGGUGAGGAACUAACAAUCAUAGAUAUUCAACAUGUGAUGGAUACGAAUGAUGCACAUGUGGCAUGCUUGAAACAGAAGAUAAACUUACAGAGGUUGGAACUAAAUUGGAUGUCGAAGAACAUGGAAGAGGUAAACACUGAGUUGCAGCAAGAUGUGCUUGAUGCCCUAGAACCACCAUCUGGUAUUCAAAUGCUGCACAUUUCUGGGUAUUCAGGUAGGCAAUAUGCAGGGUGGAUGCAGAGUCAAGUUGGUGGUGGAGUACAGGGCCCUGCCCCCUUCCCAUUUUUGAGGGUGAUGAAGCUAUUUGAUUUCCCAAACUUGAAGCAUCUAGAUGGGCUUGUCGAACUACCUUGUUUGGAGGAGCUUUGGCUGCAAAGUAUGCCUUCUGUUGAGAGCAUAAGUGGAGGCCCAUUUCCUUCACUGGUGAAGUUGGAGAUGUGUAAACUGCCUCGUUUGGGACGGGUGUGGAUGGUACCAGAGAGGACCGUGCCCGAUGUAGAAAAUGAGGGAGGCUGCUACAACUACAAUUUAACACCUCAUUUCGGACAAGUCCGAGUUGGUAGCCGCUUAACAGAGUUAAAGAUUGAGGAUUGUCCUAAGUUGGAGGUGAUGCCGCACCUUCCUCCGUCACUGCAGCAUUUAGUGUUGCAGGGAAGUGAGCAGCUGCUGCAGUUGCCAGGCCAAUGCCAGGGGCCUUCUUCCUCACCCAGUUUUAACAAUCUGAAGGAGUUUGAACUACGGAAAGUGACAGGAAUGGGUGGGUGGGAGCUGCUGCACCACAUGACGGCACUCGAGUCAUUGCAGAUUUUUAGAUUCUCUGGAGUGCACACCGAGGUGCCUGCGACCUUGUGGAGCCUCACAUCCCUGAGAUCCCUGAGGGUGCAUGGCUGGGAUGAUAUCCGCGAGCUACCCGAGUCGCUAGGGGAACUCCGGUCUCUGCAAGAGUUGGCCAUCGAAACAUGCGAUAGACUGACCAGCCUCCCCCAAACAAUGGGUCAACUCACAUCCCUCCAGAAGCUCGUAAUACAAUCAUGCGAAGCACUUCACCAGUUACCCGAGUCGCUAGGGGAACUCCGGUGUCUGCAAGAGUUGGCCAUCAAUUUCUGCCGUAGCCUGACCAGCCUCCCCAAAACAAUGGGUCAACUCACAUCCCUCCAGUUGCUCGAGAUAAAACAUUGCGAUGCAGUUCAACAGUUGCCGGACUGCCUCGGAGAACUCUGCUCUCUACGCAAACUCGAGAUUACAGACUUGCCAGAGCUGACUUGCCUUCCACAAUCCAUCUGCCGCCUCACCACCUCUCUUCAAAAGCUCAGAAUCGACUGCUGCCCGGGCAUCAAAUCCUUGCCGGAGGGGAUAAAGGACCUCACGGCUCUGAAGCAAUUGCUGAUCCAUCACUGCCGUGAUCUGAAGAGGCGAUGUGAGAGAGGAACAGGGGAGGACUGGCACCUCAUCUCGCACAUCCCUGAUGUCUUUGUUUAGACGGACGAACGGGGUGUGGCCGUGUGGGAAGGAUUUGGCCGGCGAUUGCAAGCUGCCGCUUAAUCGGGCCCACUGCACCUGAGAGCUGGGUGUCCUUAAUUGUCUUCAAAUGAUAUGAAGAAUUCUCUACGCGCCUGUGUAGUGCAAUGCUUUGAUCUUUGCCACAUAGGAUUAGGGAAUUUCAGAUUCCAGAAGAACAUACGUUUUUGCUCUGUUGUUCAGUCAACAUGAUGGGCCUGCUUGUCAUCUCGCCAGUCACAAUUCAGGUAGCACACAUAUUGUGACUAGCAAGUGACACGCGAUGAUGAGGUUUCUCUUCUGUGGCACUGUCAGUGCUAAUGUGAUGGAAAUAUGUUGAUGAUGCAACCUAAUACAAAAUUUUGAACCCUGA